CGGAGAAGUUUCAAACCAAAACCACGUGACCAAAACAGGCGGACCGGGUCGGUGUUCGGCUCGGAAAUGUUCGGGCUGUUCGGGAAAACCAAAGCGGUGAAAGUCCGCGGCGUGAGCGACAGCCGGAAGUACGGGGUGGCCGCGCGGAACCUGAAGGACCUGACGCGGAAAGCCUGCCAGUACCUCCAGGUGCCCGUGUCCGGUGCCCGUCUGUGCCUCUCGUCUGAUGGGACCCUGGUCACAGACGAGUCCUUCGGGUCGCUGCCAGAUCACUGUGACCUGGUGCUGCUGACCCGGGACCAGAGCUGGAAGGGAGUUGUGAGUGAGCUGGAGCGGCUCCUCAGCUCAGACCUCAGACUUCAGUUGGUGGAGGCGGUGAGGAGUCUCCUGUCUGACCCCCCCACAGGCUCGUCCCCGUCCUCGUCCUCGUCCCCACAGACUCUCAAACUGCUCGGGGACCUGCUCCGGAACCUGGAGGACACGUCCGACCAGGAGACCAGGGACCAGGACCUCCAGUGGUUCACAGGAAUCGAUUCUCGGUUUAAGACCAAGUCGUCCUACAUGAGGUUCAACUGUGAGGCCAGAGUCCGCAGCUACAUGAAAGAGGUGAGCGAAGCCUCCAGGUCCAUCGAGAAGACAAAGACCAGAUCAGAGUUUGAGAAAACUCUUCAGACUCUGAGCCAGAAGCUGAAGGACGAUCAGUACAACGGAGCGUACUUCGACCGCACCGAGGAGGAGAAGAACCGACUGUGCACCAGAGAGGGAUGGUUCACCUGUCAGGGUUCUUUCGACGAGGCCUUGUGUCGUUCUCUUCACUCCAUAAACCCGUACAGCAGCAGAGAGAGCAGAGUUCUCUUCAGCACCUGGAACCUGGACCACAGGAUUGAGAAGAAGCGCAGUGUCGUCCCGGCGUUGAUCCGGUGCCACGAGAAUCGCCCGAGCUCGUCCGUCAACGCCGACUAUUUCUACCAGCUCCUCUUCACCCGCCACAACCUCAAACUGGUGCACGUCGCCUGCCACAAGAAGGGCGCCCACAACCUGGACUGCGACCCCAGGAAGAUCUACGGAGCGGGCGCGCAGACGGGAACGCCGAAGGGAACGCCGAAGGGAACGCCGAAGGGAACGCCGAAGGGAACGCCGAAGGGAACGCCGAAGGGAACGCCGAAGGGGAACGCCGAAGGGAACGCCGAAGCAGGGAGGGGCCAAGGAACCGGGAAAAGGGAGGGGCAAAGAACUAGAGAGUGGGAGGGGCAAAAAAACAGAAAAAGGGAGGAGCAAGGAGCCGGGAAAAGGGCGAGGGAAGAGGAGGCGACUGCAGUGAUGAAGCACGGAUCUACAGUAAAAAAAAACUGGAUAAGCCCCUCCCCCUCUGCCCCGACUCCAGACCGACGAGUGACAAUUCAUUUUUGGGGAAUUCAAACUGUCCGUGUUCUGACAGGACAUCGACAACUUUCACAUUUUUCUUUCUUUCUUUCUUUCUUGAACAGGGACAGUGCAUUUUAAUGAACAUCUACGUCACUGAAGUGUAAAUGUGACAGAUUAUAACAAAAAUGUUCAUGUCCCUCGGCAGGAAACACCACAAAUUUAACAGAAAAACAACAAGCGACAAGUGACAUUUCUAAACUAAAAGUGUCCACAGGUGUGUUUUUCCUUUAGCCCGUCUCCAGUGGGAUGUGAAAGUGUCCAGUGUUGGAGUUUCUCUUACUGAAAAUGGGAGAAUGUGCCAGGAUUGAGAGCGUCUGACUGAGACACGUCGUCCGUGUGGAGCUCAGUUCUCGUCCCACUGACGGUGUUUUACUUUAAAGGGACAGUUUGGAAUUUUGUGAGACGUGUGGAGACACUUUUUAAAAUAAUCCAUCCAGUUCUUGUAUCUGCGGAGGUCGCCGGUGUUAGACUAGUGCAGGGGUCUCAGACUCGCGGCCCGGGGGCCAACUGCGGCCCUCGGAAGGAUUUUUUGCGGCCCUCCACUUAAUUCCAAAGAAUAAUGUCAGUGCGGUAGAUGUACGCACAAUCUCACCCCCCACCGCGGGCCACACUGACAGAUGAAGCCUCAGUCGGUGCCCGUGCAGAUUCACAGCAACAGAUUAUUAAAGGUUGAAUAGAGGAUUUUUUAAGGGAAGAGAAAUACAGUGACAGUCCUUGUGCGCGUUCAGAAUCACUGUUGAAGUUUCCUGUCUAGAAGUAAUUCAGCGACCGACGUGUCAGUUUUUAGACCCUUCGUCUGCUUCGGUCGCGCCAUCGCUGGACGAGAUCUCCAAGAAUCACCUCAGUUUGUCUUUGCUCCUUUUCCACUUCUCUUCUUCUUUCAGCGACCUCAAAAACGGACUUUCUUUUGCGGCGAACCGGUCGUGGAUUCUCGUCCGCCGUCGCGACAAACUUUGUGCGAAAUGCGAGGAAGCGACAGUUCGAAAAAGCCUCUAAGAACCACUGCGUAAACCACGUAAUCCCCGCGCUGCGACGAGUCAGUUAUACUAGGGAGUUUGAUUGACAACCUAACAGCCAAUAGAAAAUGAGGGAGCCUCGUUUUCUAUUGGCUGACGUUUAUCUGGCCUCAACACGUCCACAGUUGAUAGAUUUUCAUUCUUUUUUUUUUGGUCGUCAUAAUUACAAAGCUGCUGCGUCUCUGUAAUGGUAUUUUAAUCUUUCACUGACAGUUUGAAACAAAAAAAAAUCCUUCAUACAACCUUUAACGCAGUUUACAUCCCAAAACUCAACUUACAGCAGUUGUGAAGCAACGAGUCUAAGUGGAUCUGUUAAUACGAGUACACGUGCACAUACGGCGUUUUUUUUCGUGCAACCGCUAUUUAUCGAAUAUCAAUGCGGCCCAGCCUCACUCAGACUUUAUCUAAUGUGGCCCCCAGGUCAUUUGAGUUUGAGACCCCUGUCUUAUCCACUCCACAAAACACCCGAAGAAAAUCUGUUCUUACACCAGACUGUUUAUGUGAACGUCUGUGUCCACAGAAUAAUGUUUGAAGUAAAACCAACCUUGUAUCUCAUGAAUCGUCACAUAUUAAGGGACUAUUUUCUCAGCAGCAGCGGAGUUUUCCUCUGCUCUAGUUUGUUGUGAUGAUGUGAAUUAGUGACGGGCAUUCGGUGAAAUUUUCUUAAUCGAUCGUCGGAAGAAUUAACGAUCGAUUAUCGAUUAAUCAUUAACGUUUUUAUAUUAAAAUGAUCAUCAUUAUUAUUACUAUCUGCACUAAUCUGCAUAAAUAAACUCAACUUUACGACAUAUAAACAUAACGACUCUAGAUCCACAUCAGCUGUUUGACAUUAUAAUGUGUUUAAUUCAGUUUUGUUCAAAUCUCACAGAAACAAAACUUAAAACCACAUCACUAAUUUACAUAAACUAAGUGAAGAUAAAACUCCAGCUCUUGUGUCGCUGAUGUGGUUCAACUUGUGUUGGAUUAAAAGACAUGACUCAGGUGAAUACAGGUCAGUGUGACCAGAUUUGUGUUUGUCAAAACCAGGACAGCGUACGGGGGGAGGGGGGCGGGGCCUCGUCAUCCACAUUGAGCGACUCUCACCUGGAAAAACUUUUUCCCACUGGACACAGAAACAUAUGUGCUGCUUUAUCCACUGUGCACAUGGACUCACACUUGUCCCAACGCAACGGAAAGUGUGGAAUUUCUUCUACAAAUCCUGGUUAAAUCCACAUUUGUGCUUCGGUUCGUUACAGACUGACCCACUGUUUGUGUGUCGCUCCUUCUGAUGCAGAGACACAUGUACACACCUGUUUGGUCACGACACACAAACAUACAUUCAGUUUGUCCAUUAAAAUGAACAUAAUCAAUAAAAUUCUUAAUGAUCAAUUAUCGAUUAAUCAUGCCCAUCCCUAAAUUGUGAACGUGGUCGUAUCUGGAACAGACUUCUUCAUGUGCUGCUGAGUCUAUCAGGAGGAAGUCGCUGCUGCUCAGACAUAAAUCCUUCAAAUGCAACGUUGGUUUUACUUCUAAAAUGAUUCUAUGGACACAGACGUUGACAUAAACAGUCUGGUGUAAUAAUAGAUUGUUUCAGGUGUUUUGUGGAGUGGGUCAGACUGUUUUCAGUGGCAGGAAAAUUAUGACCAUUGAACCAGUGACGUCUGCAAAUACAAGGACUGGAUGGAUUAUUUUAAAAAGUGUCUCCACACGUCUCCAACACUGUGGACCACGAGGAAAUGAGGUUCUGUGUCCAAAACUCUGAACUGUCCCUUUAAUAAAAUCCUGUAAUGUAGGGCCAGACAAAACUUAAUCAAUCAAUCAAUCAACAAUUUUAUUAAUCCCAAAGGGCAAUUCAGUUCAUACAUCUCUGGUCAGGCACAAUCUAGAAAAAAAACUCAGCAUCAGAGACACAGGAACAAAUUCACUUUCCAUUUAAAAUCCUUACGGCAGAAGGAAUAAAAGAUUUGGAGUAGUGGUUAGUCUUUUGCUGUGGGGAGACGUAGCGCCUCCCAGAGGCAUUUUCAUGAACUGUGAGUGCAGGACAUGGUUAGACUCAGUUUGGCUUUAGUCUUUUGUAACACCUGAUGUCUCCACACAGACGCCAAAUCCUCCGUCUGAACACUGCUGAUUUUGCUGCAAACUUUUACAAUCUGGUUCAGACUCUUCUUGUCCUUCACAGAUCAUCCAUAAAACCAACAGAGAAAAGAAAAGAUCAGCAAACCUUCGAUAAAAGAAGGAUAAAAAUGAUUUAAAAUGUUGGACGACACAUUAAAAGAGCUGAGCUUCUGCAUCAAGUGAACCCACCGCUGUCCUCGUUUGAUGAUGUUUUUAUCAAACCUUAGAGAAUCAAACACAGUUAUAUGUAAAACGUCCAUUUAAAAUCAUCAACAAAAUGAUUAAAAUGAAGCAGGUUGUACUUGUGUAAAACAGUGCAGUGGUGAAAUGAGAGCAGUUUCUUAUCCAGUAUUUUUACAACUUUUUAAAAAACUGAUUCAACAAUUGCUAAGAAAUUACUCUUCAUGUCAUGAGAACCGAGCUCUAAAAUGUGGCUACGAGAUCUUGUUCACAUUUUACAUCUAGAGAGAAAACGAUAAACUUCAGUCAUUUAAGAAAGUGUUGCAGCCUCUUAUUGAUUUUUUAGAGUCUGUAUCUACGUGAGUAACAUUUCCAAAUGCACAGAUAUCUGUACCUCCACUGGCUGUUUUUAUGUUUGUUCUCAGGUUUGUGAGAUUUAUUUUUAUUUCAACUUUUAUUUACCAAAAAGUAUUGACGCUGUUGAUCCUGUACAGUUUGACUUGUGCUGUUUUUGGCUCAAUAAAAAUGUUCUGACUAAAAACUGA